UUUGUUAUUUCUUAAAAAUGAAAGCAACGUUUCUUAUUUUGAUUUGCUCACUUCACGGUAUUAGCACUCAGCCUGUAACUGAAACAGAAGAGGAUGAAAAGACGUGUGUUGAAGAGGUAUGCAUACCAGCUGCAUAUCCAUUACUUGAACCUAAAGAAACCCCAACUAUUGUUUACGCAGAUUUACAGCUACGACAAAUCCUAGAUAUUAAUUUAAAACGAAGAACUAUCACAGUUGAAGUUUUCACUGCCCUCAAGUGGAUUGAUGGAUGGGUCGAAUCCACGAAAGAUAAAGCUCUUGUUGGAGGAAAAGUGAGGGAAAAUAUUCUGGUUAUUGAUGUACAAAUUAUGAAUUUGAGAAAAAUCACGAAAUGGAAAGAGGUUCAGGGAGGAGAAAACAAUGUGUAUGCCUAUCCAAACGGCACAGGUUCAGUUCUUGUAACUGAUUAUCAGGCUGAGAUUGAGUUUGCUUGUGAUAUGGAUUUUAAUAUGUAUCCAUUUUACAAGAUUGACUGCCAAUAUAUGAUUACUACUCCAGGGUUCGAUUCAAGCAAAAUUAUUCUCAGAAGCAAACCUAACAGAAUCAGGCUUGCACGCACGUUUGAAUUUCAG